CAAGACUUUUUUUCUAGUCCUUUACUGGUGCACCCAUUCUGUCCUCGCUUCAUUGACCAACAUAUAACAAUAUGACUACUGUUGAUGCCCCUGUUGUUGCCCCUGUUGCUGCUGCUAACCCUCCCACUGCUUCUGUUGGUGAGAAGGACUUGUAUGUCAAGGUGUUUGUUGGAAACCUGCCCUAUCGUAUCAAUACCACUGCCCUCAAAGACUUUUUUGCUGAUGCUGGCACUGUUGUUGAUACCCAGCUGAUUCGCAAACAAGGCCGUUCGAUGGGAUUCGGGUUUGUGUCGUUCAAGACAACAGCCGAGGCUACAACUGCUGUUGAUCUGUUCCAUCAAAAGGAGUUUGAUGGUCGUGCCAUCAACGUUGAGAUUGCUCAAUCCAAACCUCAUGUUCCUGCUGCUGAAGGUGGAAUCGAGACAUCUCGUCCUCGCGUUCGUAAACCCAAGUCGGGUGAAGAGGCUGUCAAGACUGAAGAUGGACAUGCCAAGACUGCUAUCGCUCCAGCUGCGGGUUCAGGAUUGGUUGAUGGGGAUGCUAUCAAACCCAAGCGUAUUCGCAAACCCAAGUCUGCCAAAGCAUCUGGCCAUGAUGAAAGAAAACCUGUUGUAGAGGGUGAACAUGCAAAGUCUGCAGAUGAAGAGUCUAAACCAGCAGCAUCAGCCAAACGUGCUCCUCGUCCUCCACGUCCUCCUCGUAUACGUGAAGGAGAGCCUAGCAAAACUACCAUCUUUAUUGGCAACCUUCCAUUCAAGGUAUCGUCCGAUGAUAUUCUGGUUAUUUUCAAAGACUACAAGGUCAAGAGUGCGCAUGUUGUGAUGACCAAGUUUGGACGUAGCAAGGGAUAUGGGUUUAUGGAGAUGGAGUCGGCAUCAGAGCAAGAACGAGUAUUGGCUGAUGUGAGUGAUGUCAAGGUUGAGGAUCGUACUCUAAUUGUUCGUGCAGCCUAUUCUGUUCCAGCAGCUCCAGAAGGCGACAAUGAAGCAGUGCCAGUUCAUGCAGAUGAUGCUUAAGAUGACUAAAGUAAAUCUAUAUAUAAAAUAGGGUUUUGAAUUGUG